AUGGCCUCUGCUUUGCUGGGUCGUAUCCCAUCUGCUGUCGGUUACCAACCAACAUUGGCUACUGAUCUUGGAGGCCUGCAAGAGCGUAUUACCACAACAAAGAAAGGUUCCAUCACCUCUGUCCAAUCUAUUUAUGUGCCCGUUGAUGACUUGACAGAUCCAGCUCCUGCAACUACCUUUGCUCAUCUUGACGCCACGACUGUGUUGUCACGACAGAUCUCAGAGCUUGGUAUCUAUCCUGCUAUCGAUCCUCUUGAUUCAACAUCUCGUAUGCUUUCCUCCCGUAUUUUAGGACAAGAGCACUAUAAUACUACUCGUGGUGUCCAAAAGGUUCUCCAGAACUACAAGAAUCUUCAGGAUAUUAUUGUAAUUUUAGGAAUGGAUGAGCUCAGUGAAGAUGAUAAGUUGACUAUGGCUCGUGCCUGUAAAAUUCAAAGGUUCCUGAGUCAGCCAUUCCAUGUUGUUGAAGUGUUCAUAGGUACUCCUGGAAAAUAUGUUGAAUUGAUGGAAUCCGUUGCCAGCUUCCAGGGUGUUUUGGAUUGGAAAUUUGAUGAUCUUCCCGAACAGUCAAUUUACAUGGUGGGAGGAAUUGAGGAGGUCAUUGCUAAGGCUGAAAAGAUUGCCAAGGAGUAUGCCCAAGGAGAACUAACCACCCAAAAAAGACCAUGA